AUGAAAUCCCAACUACUACGCCGAGAGCGCGACGAGUUCUACGUUGCCUACAAGCGCAUGCGGACGUCCUACGAAAACGCAGUCGAGGUGAUGAACGACCUCCACCGUGAAAUUUCAGCUCAAGAAACAGAAAUUCGAGAAUUACGGCAAGCUCGAUCUGCACAAGAUGACCAAGAUGUACAAGAUAACCAAGAUGACCAGGAUGGCCAAGAAGACCAAGAUGAACCUCGCCAGCCCCAACCCUACGGCACGACAAUCGCGGACCUCUUCGGGGACACGAGCAGCGAGAGCAGCGAGGACUCGGACGUGCCGCAAAUGGAGGAUAGUUCUGCCACGGACCAUGCUGAAGGAGACGAGUCGGACGUUGAAGAAGCGGAAGAUCAUCAUGCACAGCAAAACCUUCAAGUCAAUAGCAGAAGCACUCCGCCACUUGCAGUCGCGCGAGAAUACGGCAUUUCGAGAGAGGUCUCUGUUUCGUCGCACUACGGUGUUGGUCUGUGCAUCGCACGUUGA